CUGCCUAUUAAUCCUGGAUAUUCUGCUUAUCCGUCCAGCAUUUACGCGCGAUUCGUGAGCGCUCACGCUUCGUACUACUGCCCCACGGAAUAAUAACCACAAUACAAAACACUCAAAGCACCCCAAACCCCGGUCUUUUCUAUCGAAAUUCCGGACCGCUGCCUCUGUUUUAGUGCCAGUGCCAAUUUUCGCGGCUGUUUUCCGCCCCGCGGUCCUGUUUUAGCCGCACCAGAGAUACCCCACAUAUUAGCGCCAUCCAAACCCCCUUUUCCGCCGCCAAUGUAUCUGAACUGGAUCCCGCAAAACAUCCAAAAGCGGGUGUUUCUAUAUAUCUUGCAGCAGCUAUCGCUUUUUUCCGGCAUCGAGCUCCCCAACUUGGAGGAGGUCUCAUUCAACAACAUCCACCUUCGCGAUGUGGCCAUCGAUCCCGAGAAAAUCACCCAAAUCCCAGGCCUCCGGCUCCGCCACGGGCUUCUCCACAACGUGUCCUUGAAAGGAAGCGUGAAAGAAGGCGCAAAUCUCGAAAUUGCGGGCGUCGACUUGGUUGUGGCGCCCAGCAUCGACAACUUGGUCCAGGAUAUCGAGAAUGCCCAGGCGCUGUUGGCGCAGAGCUCCGCGGAUUUGACGCAUACUAUUUUGCUCGACAGCUCCGUCUCUUCCGACACCUCAGACCCAGAUUUCGGCGAUUUUUCCGGGGUUUCUGGGCCCGGUCUGAGCUCCUCUAUUCCGCACGGUUCCGGCAAGAAUCUGCCGCUGGUACCCGGCAAUUUGCCCUCUUCGGAAUUGCCCAGCUCUCCAAUGUCGGCAGACUCGUCGAAACGCCCCUCGUCCUUGGGUGGGGUUAUGUCCAAAGCAAUCGACAUGGCGCUUCUGAAACUCCAAAUACGUGUCACGAACGUCACCGUGAAGAUCGUCAUUGAGCCAGCUGACCUUAUAUUGAGGAUUGAGGAGGUUGUGUUUUCCUAUAAAACCGGCAUCAAAAUCCUUAGCAUCAAGGGAUUGACUGUGGCCGUGGGAAGACCAUUUUUGGACGCUGGUAUACGUGGACGAUCAAACGAUGGCUCAAGCUCGGGACCACAUCAAGAAAACCUCGAUAGAAACUUCUCGAAAAACCAAGAAAACCGUGAAAACGGCGAAGAUAGUUCUGAAAGCGAUCAAAGUGACGACCAAGAUGAUGAUGAGGUGGUAGAGGAGCCUUUAAUGGACAGCAUGAUUUUCACGCCCGAGGAAGCGAGCUCUAUCUACAUGAGUGCAACUUCGCAAUCAUUUGCCAAAACACCCGAAAAGAUUCCUCCACAUUCCAAAGACUCUUCUAACACAGCAUGCCUAUUACAUGUCGAUUGCAUCGAUGUUCUGUUUGAAAACGUGUCGCCGCUUUCAAACGUGAGGAUUGACAUUCAAAACAUCAAAGUUGCUGCUGUGCCUCUUUUUCCAGCUGCAUCUGUUGUUGUAAACAGUCUCUCGAAGCUUUUCAAGCUUAGCCUCCAUCAACUCAAAAAACGCAAUUCUCUCAACAAGCCAAAUGGGAAGAGAAUGCCAUCUCACUUACAGUCAUACGGUAAUUCUGCGGCUAAUGAAGCCAAUAGCGAGGCCUCUACAAGCUCAGGAGCCCUAGACAAGCUUCAUGUGAAAUCCCUAGAAGUAAGUCUCACAUCGGCACUAAACACACAGGGCUCCUUUGCAUCGUUUGAGAACGAGGUGAGUCUUAUUUUCUCCAACUUCAAGAUGAAAAUAAAAGAUGAAAGUUUGACUUACGGAGGGCUAGAGGCAUUUGAGAUAUUGAGAUAUUUUAAGGGUCAGAAAAGCCAUAUUUUCGAGUUCAACUCUGCGGAUAACGCUGCACCUCAUAACAAUUCGGAAUUUCAACAAGAACAGAAGAUUUCCGAAGAAAAGAUUGCAACAAGAAAAGCGGAUGUCAGAUUUGAAUACCUGAAGAUAAACCCGAAUAAUUCUUUGGAUACUGAGCUCACAAUCCUCAUUUCGAAGCCUGGCUCUAUGUAUCUUGAUGCUCAGGUCUUAAAAUACUUUCUCAAUCUUUCGCUCUGUAUUUCGGCUCUCGACAAACAUUUGAACAUAUUGCUCAAAAGUGCCCGACAGUUCAAUGAGAUUUUGAAUCCAGGGCUGCCCGUGACCCACAGCUCUCAUGGUAGCUCUAACGCAUAUACCCAGGUAGUAGUUCAGACCGCAUCUUUUGAAGCAGAUGUGAGGCUAUCUGCGACAAGCAUUUUGAAAUUUUUUGUGCUCCCUAUAUCCUAUAACAAAGCCAUGGAUCAGCUCAUUAUACCAGGAAUAAACAUGUAUGAAUUGAGUGGUGAUCUUAAAACACAGAUAUUGAAAUUUUCAGAAAUUCGAGGAAACUUGGCAACCACUAAAUUCGACUCGUUUCAUUACUCUGCGGGUAGCUCUGCUCCACGAAAGGCGGCACUUAGAUCCUCAACUUCCAUCCAUGUUGGUGCUAUUAGUGGAACGAUGACACGCGAUCUGCUUUCGGCCUUAAUGAGCAAUAUUGGGUAUUUCUUACUCGCACUUGAAAUUGCAGAUAAUGUGAACUCUUUGAAAGUUACCCUUGCAUGUGAACUCAGUUCUGAAAAAUCAAAUUUAUCGCAGAGCAGCAACCUUCUUAACUCAAUCUAUUCCCCACAAAAUAGAUACAGACGUAUGAAUAAUGCCCAGAUUAUGUUUGGUGACGUUCAGAGUCUUCCUUCGACCAUUAAAUUGACCCUUAAUCUGUUAAGGUUUUCCUUAACGGAUAUUAACAAGACUUUUGGAGGCUUGAAUCUUAAGGCCGAAAGAUUUGAACUUCUUCGACUCAACAAUAGAUUUUGCGGUCACGUCACCUCACUUCUGGUAAUGCGUACUUUAGUUGCUGAAUCUUUAUUGAAUCACAUCUCAAAUGUACAAAGUCAGUUUCCCAUGAUUCAGUUUCGUCAAAAGGGGGAUGAAAAACUCAUCUUUGAAGUUGUCUGUCGAGGUUUUAUGCUCAACUAUCAUGUAAACUGGCUGACAUUGUUGAAUUCUGACACAGACAAAAAGUCCUGUCCAGCUAGCGAGCAGAAAAUGAAAAGCACUGAAAGUGAGAUGGAAAUUCGCAUGAUAUAUCACGAUUUUGCUAUUGGUGUGCUUCCUGGAAGGCUCAAAAGUAAAUUAUGUUUGACAGCCAUGACUGGUAGUCUGGACAUUGCGUUGAAUUACAAUCGAUUUUGCUUCAAAAGCUCAUUUCGUGAUCUUAAGGUUCUUUUGAUAGACGACAUUCACUUUCUUCGUGACAUCACUACCGUGUCCGGGUCCAAGGUACAGUCAGAGCUAAUUAGAUCAGGCUACGUUGAUAUUGGCUUCAUCAAUCUUCUUCAUGUCGGUAUUGACGUUGACAAAAACUGUACUCGUUUGAAACUGGGUCAACUAGAGGAAACCAAUAGACUGUCCGGGGUAGACCCCAAGAUUAACAUUGAUCAUUUCUGUUUGGACACUUGCGCUGAUUCUGCUCAUACGUUUUUGCAAACAAUGAAUGAUCUCAAAGAGCCCAUGUUGUUCAAAGACCAAGAAAAGUUUCGACUUCAUGUGAAGGAUGAUUUUCUUAUGCCCGAUGAUAUAUUUGAAAAAUUGAAAGCUUCAGAAAAAGAAGAUACUCCCAAAUUGCAUAGAAUCCCGAGCAGAAUGACCAAGGACGAAAUUAUCUUUGUUGAUAAUUAUCGUAGCGAACAGCAUUCUGAUGAAGAAGUCAAAAAUCCUCGCAAGCCAGAUCUUAAUACGUCCUCCUGUUCCUCGGAUCAAGGAUCAUCCAUUCGAGUUGUCGAGAGUUAUUUCAAUGAUGAAGAACACACCGAAAAGAGAUCCGAGAAUCCAUUUACAUUGUCGUUAAAUGUCAGGUGCGCAGAAGUAUAUCUACAUGAUGGUUACGAUUGGAAAUCGACAAGAAAGUCCAUCAAAAGCGCUGUCAAAUCAUUGGAAAAACGAUCUCAUGAAUUAGACAUACCCAAGCUUGAAGAAAAUUCAUUGCAUGGACGUGAUUCAUCUGAUUGCGACAAUGAAGAUUUGGUACAUUCAAACUUGAAAGAUCUGGAGGGAGACGAACAUCAUCUGAUAGCAGAUCUGCAAAAUUUCAUGCUUAGACAGACAAUAUUUGAAUCAAUUCACAUAGGGACUGAUAAAAGUAUCGGGGCUUCGAAUCUUGUUGAGAUCAUCAAUGCUCAGGUACGGGGUGAUGGCGAACCGGAAGAGCUAGAGCCUCAAGCUCAUACAAAUGUGAAGAUUGACAAGACUUUCAAAGACCUCAAGCUUCGUCGGUCCCAAAGGCAUAAGAUAUCUGCCGAAAUACAUAAUCUUUCUGUGAAAGCCAAAUUCUACGAUGAUGAGUUGUGUGAUGACCAUUUUUUGUUGCCUACAUCACAAUCCAAAGUUGCAAAUAAUACUGAAAUCCGAUUGGACACGAUUGAAAUCUUAGACAACGUGCAAUCGUCAACGUGGAACAGAAUGUUGACGUACUUGAAUGCACUUGGAAAACGUGAAAUAGGAAACAAUAUGCUUGAACUAAGCAUCACGAAUGUGCGGCCGGAUUCACGAAUGCCAUUCACGGAAAUGAUUAUUGCUUUAAAAGUUCUUCCACUAAGAUUGUUCAUUGACCAAGACACACUUGGUUUUGCAACACGUUUUUUUGGAUUCAAAGACUCAAGAUUUGGUCUUCCUGCUGAGGAAACACCAUAUUUUCAAAAGAUCACAAUUGAUCCCUUGCGGAUAAAAUUCGACUACAAACCAAAGUCAAUUAAUUAUGCAGGUAUUCGCUCGGGGAACAAUGCUGAGUUGGCUAAUUUGUUUAUCUUGGAUGGCUCAGAUUUGAAGUUGAAAAAAGCAGCUGUCUAUGGAGUUCACGGGUUUCCAAAACUUGGUAGGGGACUUGCGCAAAUUUAUGGACCGUAUAUCCAGAAAUAUCAGCUCUCUGGGCUUCUUUCUGGUCUUGCGCCCAUAAAAUCCAUAAUCAACGUUGGAAAUGGCGUCCGGGACCUCGUCAGCCUUCCAAUUGAGGAAUAUAAGCGUGAUGGAAGAGUGCUUCAUGGUAUUCAGAAAGGCUCGAUUUCUUUGGCAAAAGUCACUGCCAAUGAACUUUUGAGACUUGGAGUCAAGCUCGCUUCGGGCGCUCAAGUUGUUUUAGAGAAUCUGGAAGAAUACUUUGGUGGAGAAGGUGCUUUGGCACGUAGGUCUAAAGGAAGAUCUCUGCAGCAAAAGCCAAAACCACCAACAAAGCCAAAAACUGACAAAAGAAAAAAUUUACUUGAAUCAUCACAGAUACUAAAGGAUUCCGUUGUCCGUGAUCCGGACCUCUUACUGAAACCUAUCCAGUACCUUCAUUCAGCAAUUGACGAAGAAGAUCUGGAUUCUGAGAUCGGGCAAUUGCAGUCAUCCAUCCUAUUAUUUGACAGUGAAGGUGAGGACGAAAAUGAAAUUGAAGAAGACCUGACCGAGGAAACAGAAAGAAAGGUUACAAGCUUAUAUUCUAAUCAACCUUCAAAUGCCAAAGAAGGGUUUAAGUCGGCAUUCAAGGCCAUGGGACACAACUUCAAAGGCUCGAAGAAAAAGUUCAGUGUUCUCAAAAGAGAAUUAAAGAGUGCGGAUACACUACAGGAACAAAUUGUUUCGGUGGCCCGAAACUCACCGGUUAUUGUGAUACGGCCCUUGAUUGGCGGAACCGAGGCAAUGAUGAAGACUCUCAUGGGAAUAAGCAAUGGAAUUGAUUCUCGGUCGUUUCAAGAGAGCCACGAUAAAUAUAGAACGGAGAAGAAUGGCGAGUAAUUUCAGCAAACGAAAUAAAAGUCAUGAAUACCACACCUUAGUUUUGAGUUUAAAUCUUAAAUACGCGUAACCCGCAUUGCAGGGAUUGGACAGCCGAAAAUCUACUUUAAUCUUAGGUUUGAUGUCUUGUUCGCCGAGCUUGGGUCUACCCCGCAUGGCGGCCACAAGUAUGCGGCGUUACCGACGAUUUUUUCUCGGAAAAACAUUGUGCCACUAUAGUGGGUCUGCAUAUCGUCCACGUCUCGUGUUGACAGAUUUCUCGUCUAGCAGAGCUAACCUUGAAACAGCCCCCCUUUUUCUCAAACAUUUGUGGGGUUCACAAACUGUUUUGGCUUUUGAAUCGAAUAUAUACCGAACAAACGCAAAUUAAGCCCCAACAUUUUGCAGGAAACAGCAAAAAUAAAAAGCUAGAUCUUUCGCUGGACGCGCGGCUCUCAUUUCGCCGUACGAGUCCUUACCCUUUGCAGCAGCC